ACACGGCAAACCCGGAAGUAAUACAAAAAUAAGCGAAUAAAACCAGAAGUAUAGCACAAAAGCGAAUACAAACAACCAGUAACAACGGCCAAACUCAGAGUGUGACAGAAAUAACUCAAAUGAUUACUGAACACGAGUGAAAGGACGCAUCAAAGGAAAUUGUCAGGGUCGUUUAAUCGUAACUUAGUGUGGACAAUCAUGGUGUAAAUGCAGCCAAGACACUACUGAAAGGGGGCGAUAAUGCACCACGUGAUGUAUGCCAACAUAAAAAAAACGAAGAAGACAGCCAUAUCGAGUGACGUCACACUGUUUUAGCCGUUCGACCAUUUUUUGUACUUCCGCUGGCAGAGGUCGUUAUUAACUGUCUAUAUGUUGUAUUUUAUAAAAGAUCGGUAGCCUAUUCAGCCGGCGUUUGAGGAAGUUAUGGCGUCCGCCUUCGUCGUCGGAGAUCAGUUCAAGAUUCGUGUGACAGAACUGUUGGAAAAGCCGGACUCUUCACUGCCUGAAGCAUUGAGACAGAAACUGAGUAUUAUGUUAGAAAAGACAGGACAAACAACGCUGCCUUUCAGCAUAGCGAGACAAUUAAAGACGUAUCUAAAGGAUCAAGGGCAUCCUUUUUAUUUGCAUGAAUUAUUGGAGGAUAGUUCACUGCAUCUACCUGAGAUUGUCAAGCCCCCCAGAAACCCUGAGCUGGUCGCACGCUUGGAUCGCAUUAAAGCCAGGCUAGCAAAUGAAGAAUACAACAAGAUGACACGUAAUGUAAACAAUCAGGAAAUGAACCGAAAUGGAACACUGGCAGAUUUUGGUCGGGAAGUGCGAUCAGCAAAAGCCGUGGUUGUGACCGUUUUCAACUUCCUGGUGACGAUUGUUGCUACGUUCGCCUGCUCCUACAUGGGUAGUCAGUACCUGUUCACAGAAACGACAGCCCGAGUUGUGUCUGCUGUGAUCGCAACUUCUGUAGUCGGGCUUGCAGAGCUGUUCGUCCUGGUCCGGACCAUGGAGGGAGAACUCGGGGAACCCUAGCACCGAAGUUCACCGAGUGUCAUGGCAGAUACAUGAAUACAAAUGAGAAACAAUUGGCGCCUAACACUCACAAUUACGAGUGUGCUUGAAUGCCUCACGGUGCAAGGAGAACAGAGCAGAAAGGAGACAGAGCAUGAAGUUGUUCAUCGCAAUGUGUGCAUUAUACCGUAUGAACAAUAAGUAGGUUUGAUGAUUAUGAGGCAUUAUCGUUGGUUGUAUGUAUUUUUGUACCAUCGUGAUUGUUGAACUUUCCCCUUCAAUUUGGCAUUAUAAUUAAUAUGCAGAUUUAAACCCUUGGAGUUAUGUUGGAUGAUUACUUAUUUAUCAGUGUUAAUGUGAAACUAUCAAAAUGUGACCAUGCAAAAUACACAUUUGACCCAAAAGUAUAUAAUAAACCAAUUUAGUAUGUUCAAUAUUUCAAGUUAAGACUAACAGGUUUAUGUUUUUUUAAUUGUGCAGGAGUACAGGUUACAUGGCUUCAGCUUAAAUGUCUAAAAAGUUUGGUAACCACCGGUUUAAGUCAUAGUGGUAUCAAACCGAUCUCGAUACAGGUACAUGUAUUGUGGCACCCCUGAUAUUCAUCUGUGUGUUCUUCUGCUGCAUGCAUAUAAUUUUCAUUUUAGUACUGAAUUAAUCAUUUCUGGGGGGUGCAUCGUACGGAAGGUUGUAACAGAACCUCGGACCAUGUGCAUCAUUUUCUGAAACCACAUCUGGGUCAUUCUUUUAGACAGACACUGCAGUAAAAAAUGAACUUGAAAUUCCUAUGAUCAUUGUAUUUGUAUGAAUAAAUACAUCAAGUUGCA